ACUGGGGAUGCUGCCCCCUAUCACAUGAUGGAAAUUUCCACUCUUUAGAAAGGCGAAAAGAAAAGAAAGAAGGGUCUCUCAAUCCACCCUUUUCCCCUGGAUCCCAAUCGGGAGAGGGAAGAAAAAGUAGGAACAGAGUGUUCUGAACAUAACUCCAAGUAGAAGAGCCUCAAGCUGAAGGUACAGUAUCUUGUUUACACUGAAGGAGCUUGUGUGUGGACAAGAAAGCGCUGACAGCUCAAAUGGAUCCCAUGGAACUGAGCAAUGUCAACAUCGAACCUGAUGAUGAGAGCAUCAGUGGAGAAAGUAUUCAAGAUAGCUACACCGGGAUGGGAAAUUUAGAAAAGGCAGCAAUGAGCAGUCAAUUUACUAAUGAAGAUGCUGAAAGUCAGAAAUUUCUGACAAAUGGAUUUUUGGGGAAAAAGAAGUUGGCAGAUUAUGACGAUGAACAUCAUCCUGGAACCACCUCCUUUGGAAUGUCUUCAUUCAAUCUGAGUAACGCCAUCAUGGGCAGUGGAAUCCUGGGCCUGUCCUAUGCCAUGGCCAACACAGGGAUCAUCCUUUUUAUAAUCAUGCUGCUUGCCGUGGCAAUCCUAUCUCUCUAUUCAGUUCAUCUUUUAUUAAAGACUGCCAAGGAAGGAGGAUCUUUAAUUUAUGAAAAGCUAGGUGAAAAGGCAUUUGGAUGGCCUGGGAAAAUCGGAGCUUUUAUUUCCAUUACAAUGCAGAACAUUGGAGCCAUGUCAAGCUACCUCUUCAUUAUUAAAUACGAACUACCUGAAGUAAUCAGAGCGUUCAUGGGACUUGAAGAAAAUACUGGAGAAUGGUAUGUCAAUGGCAACUACCUCGUCAUAUUUGUGUCAGUUGGAAUCAUUCUUCCACUUUCUCUUCUUAAAAAUUUAGGUUACCUUGGUUAUACCAGUGGAUUUUCUCUUACCUGCAUGGUGUUUUUUGUCAGUGUGGUGAUUUACAAGAAAUUCCAAAUACCCUGCCCUCUGCCUGUUCUGGAUCACAAUGUUGGGAAUCUGACAUUCAACAAUACAGUUCCAAUGCACGUGAUGAUGUUACCCAACAACUCUGAGAGUAGUGGUGUGAACUUCAUGAUGGAUUACACCCACCAGAAUCCUGCAGAGCUAGAUGAGAAACAGGCCAAGGGCUCUAUUCAUGGCAGUGGAGUAGAGUAUGAAGUACACAGUGAUGACAAGUGUCAGCCCAAAUACUUUGUAUUCAACUCCCGGACGGCCUAUGCAAUUCCCAUCCUAGCAUUUGCUUUUGUAUGCCACCCUGAGGUCCUUCCCAUCUACAGUGAACUCAAAGAUCGGUCCCGGAGGAAGAUGCAAACAGUGUCAAAUGUUUCCAUCACGGGGAUGCUCGUCAUGUACCUGCUCGCUGCCCUCUUUGGUUACCUAACCUUUUACGGAGAAGUUGAAGAUGAAUUGCUUCAUGCUUACAGCAAAGUGUACACAUUUGACACCCCUCUCCUCAUGGUACGCCUGGCCGUCCUGGUGGCUGUAACGCUAACUGUGCCCAUAGUGCUGUUCCCUAUUCGUACAUCAGUGAUCACACUGUUAUUUCCCAAAAGACCCUUCAGCUGGAUAAGACAUUUCCUGAUUGCAGCCAUACUUAUUGCACUUAAUAAUGUUUUGGUCAUCCUGGUGCCAACUAUAAAAUACAUCUUUGGAUUCAUAGGGGCUUCUUCUGCCACUAUGCUGAUUUUCAUUCUUCCAGCAGUUUUUUAUCUUAAACUUGUCAAGAAAGAACCUCUUAGGUCACCCCAAAAGGUCGGGGCUUUAAUUUUCCUUGUGGUUGGAAUCAUCUUUAUGAUUGGAAGCAUGGCACUCAUUAUAAUUGACUGGAUUUACAAUCCCCCAAAUUCCAAGCAUCACUAACCCAAGGAAAAAUACCGUAUUUUCCUGUUGGAGGUAGUUGCAAACCCAAAGACUUUUGAGUUAUCUCGAUUGGAAUGUUAUUCACAGGAAAUAACAGGAAGAUUCCAAAGAUGUUUACCAGCAAUAUCACCAGGCACCUGCAGAAGAGGAAAUCAUCAUUUUCAUCACAAACGGCUGUUUAUGUGUUUCAAAUCUGUGGUGCACACUUCUACCCAGGUUUUACUAGAGCAGUGUGAGAUGAUGUAUUUUUGCUUCUGCACAAGCAGAAUAAGGGUAGCUGCAUGAUAAUACCCUCUUCCCUCUCCUCCCACCUUCUCCCCCCACAAAAGUACCAAAUUCCUGUAUUCUCAGAACAUCAAACAAAAAUGCCCUGGUGGCAAAGCUAUUACUAUUUAACACCUUCCCUCAAUCUUGCACCAAAUACUCUGGGUGUAUUUAAUAACAGAGGCAAAGGCAUGUUUUAUGAACUGUCUCUGUACGGUACAUGAGACACCAGGCUAGAACAUCUUAUGGUCAACGCUAAAGGAAUAUUUUGCCCAUCCUGUUUGUGACAUUGAAUUAGUGACUUCUUCAUUCAGUAGAUCUUUUGUAAAUGUUAAAACAUCUUACGAAACAUAGAGAGGGGCUUUAUUUAAAUUAUAGAACAACAGCAAAACAAUGCUUAUAUCUAAACUGCGUGUUCUGGAAGCAUUUAUCAAUGGUAUUCCCAAUCCUCUUGUCAUAGUUUUGUCACUGAACAAUGCCCUCCCUCUCGUCUUCCAUUCUCAUUCAGAAUUUUUAGAAGACCACGAUUCAUGUGGAGCUACACUACCCAGUAUUGUUUGAUACAUUUUUAUUUGAUAAACAUUCAGUGCAGGAAACUGUGAUUGCUAUAUGUUUAUGUAUAUAAUCUUAUUCUGUAGUCAUCAGAAUUUUAAUGUAUGGUACAUUUGAUUUUUAUUUUUUACAUGUGUAGUUUUCUCUCUUCACAGUCAAACAUUUAUAUUAUUGGGGAUGAGAGUAGGGAAUUAAUUUGAUGGGCUCAAAAAUCCAUGUGUACGUAUCUGUUUAUUGGGGAUAUAUUAAAUUUGAAAUCUGAGUUAUAUAGUUCAGUAAUGCUCUUCUUCAAUGUUUACAAUAUUAUCGUAAUCAUCUAGAAGAAAGUAAGUUCCCUAUUUGCAAAUAAUUAUCAAUACUAAGGUUGUUCUUUUUUUUUUUUCUUUUUUUUGUGCGGUACACGGGCCUCUCACUGUUGUGGCCGCUCCCGUUUCGGAGCACAGGCUCCGGACGCGCAGGCUCAACGGCCAUGGCUCACGGGCCUAGCCGCUCCGCGGCAUAUGGGAUCUUCCCGGACCGGGGCACGAACCCGUGUCCCCUGCAUCGGCAGGCGGACUCUCAACCACUGCGCCACCAGGGAAGCCCUAAGGUUGUUCUUUUAAUUUAACAGGUCUAAAAUAGGAUUUCAUUCAGUUUAGCUUGCACAGGUAUUUGCUGACAUUCAUUUGCUAUUUAAUACAAUAUUGAGCCAUUUUCUAUAAAAAUAAAAAUGCUAACACUACAAAGAGAUGCAAAUGAUUAUUCUUGCUCACUUCUACAACAUAAUUUCAUGAAAUGGAUUUAAAAUUAAGUAUUCAUUGCCUAGAAUUUCUGGAGUUUGCUCCUUUUUUUUUUCUCAAUCAGUAUCAAGCACAUUUAUUGUAUAUUUUAGUACAGCCAAGUAUGAAAUAUAGGUAUAUAUAAGUAUGAUAAAAUUAAAUCAUAUUUCAAUAGUUUUUGCUGGAAUGUGCCUUAAGUAAAUAUAUAUUUGUUUUCUGUAUUAUUUUCUAGAGUCAUAAUACUGUAAAAUGGUGCACUUUGUUAAGGAAAUUGAGCAUUACUAGAAACUAUCAUAACUUCUGACAUACUAUUAUUGGAAAAAAUUUGCCAAAUAGCAUUUUUAAGAUAUAUUUCUAUUUUCAUUCAUCUAAAGAGUGUAUCAAAAUAGAAAGUGAAAAAAGGUACCUUCUGAGUGUUAAAAAAAAUGUUUGGUCUGAAUGUAUUUAAAUGUAAAUAACAAAGAUUGAUCCAAAAAAUUGAAAAACUGUAAAAUCUGUAUAUAUUUUGAAUGCUUUACAUUUGAAAUGACUGACUUGAAAAUAUCAACAUGUUUAAUUAUAUAAAUAUUCAAGAGCAAUACUACAGUGCCAAAUAAUAAAGCACCAUUUUUUUCUCACGGCCUUUUUCAGGAUCAUAGAUCUCAUAGACUGCAGGGCAGACAUACAUAUGGCAUCUUGUACUGGUUAAUUUAGCCCCAUUUAAAAACAGAUGAAAACUUUAUUUUCUUAUUUCAUUUAUAAGAUGGUUCAAUGUAUUGGGAGGCUUUUUUAUUACAGAAAGUGUAUAUUGGUAUAUAAUAAAUGAACUUUUCAAAUGA